AUGGUCCUCAAACGCAAACGCUCCGAAUCCGAAAUCUCCACCUCAUCGUCGCUCCUCUCCUCCCCGUUAUCAUCAUCAAACUUCAUGCCCAUCGACUCCCAACCGCAACUCGCCAUGCCCUCCCUCUUCGCCUCCCGAACCCGGAAACGCUACCGCGACAACCGUCCUGCAGAGUCCGAGGUUCAUCAACACACCCUAUCACUUCUCUUCUCGGCGCAGCAACGGCCGCCCCAAUGCUCUCUGCCCACCUCGUUUCGACCGUCGUCACCCGCGCAGAAACCCGUGUCUGCGGUGCCGUCGAGUCAGCCGAGUCAACAAGCUAGCCUGCACUCGUUCUGGCACGGGCCAAUGGCGGCGUCGUCGACACGGCAUGCUUCGCCAUCGAGUGCUUACUCGGCGUCACCUGUAACGACCCCGGGAGAUUCUCCGGGGGUGGACUCGAUGUUCCCUGCGACGAAUUGCGAGGAUUGUGAUGCUUCGCUGGGAGCGUCGAACGAUGUGGACGCCAUGGAUGUGGAUGUGAUGGAUAUGGAUACAGGGAUGGUGAAAAGCCAUGCCUGUACGGCGUGUGGAAAGUGCGUGUGUCAUGGCUGUUCUGUCAGCAAUCUGGGUGCUGAGCGGAGGUGUCUCAAUUGUGCCGGGAGGAAGACGGGGGCGUUCGGGUUUGUGAAUAGGUAG